AUGGAACAGUCACCACCUGGGAAGUAUAUUUUCCUCGAUCGGGGAAGACAAGCAAGUCGGAGUGCCUUCGACCCUUCCCCGUGGGCGAGGGGCCUCUCACCCGAAGAUGUAGGGAAUCUAUCUCCGGAGCACGGGCGCCUCUCCGCGUGCGACACCGGGCUGGAAGAUUGGAAGCGUUGGGGUCCCUAUGUCAGCGAGCGGCAUUGGGGUACCUGUCGCGAAGACUACGCUUCGCACGGCAACAGUUGGAUCUAUUUGCCCUUCGAGGCUGCUCACUACGUGGCCUACCGCUGGGGCGAGGACGGCCUGGCUGGCUGGUGUGACCGGUCCAUGCAUCUUUGCUUGGGCUUGGCAUUGUGGAACGGCAAGGAUCCCAUCCUCAAGGACAGGGCCAACGUUGCAGAGUGCAGUCCGGCAUCAUUGGACAUGGGAGACCCAGAUUUGGUUCGUUCGCCAGGCCGUGAAGAGACACUUACUUGGGGAGGUGGCGCAUCGCAUGUCAACACCUCCGAUAGGACCGAUGUGUGUGCAUCGAGAUCCUGGGGCCUGGAGGCAGCGUCUCUAAUUGAAAGCGGUGUGGACCAGCUGCGAGCUUCAUUGGAUUCUUGGGCUGUGUGCGGCUACAACUUGAUGAAGGACUUCGGCAGCCAGCGGUUAACGUGUCCUCCUAAGCCUCUCCGACCUGAUCUCGUUGUUGUGCGAAACAAGGCCAGGGCCUCCAGUUUGCGAGCUGUCCAUGUGAUCACAGGAACCCCGUUGGAGAUUCUCCAGGCCUUCAGUAUCAACUACGCAGAUGUCUGCAUUCGAUGGGGUUUGUACGAGUCGGCGCUGCGCUUCGUGGGAUGGCCCAUCGUCCCAGGCUUCGACCUCGCAGGUGAGGUGGAGCUGGCGGGCGAGGACUCCGGCCUCGUCCCGGGCGAUCGGGUCUUCGGCUGCAGCUUCUUCGGUGCCUAUGCGACUCGCGUCGUGGUGCCCAGAAGCCAGCUCGUGAAGAUGCCGAAGGGUCUGGGCUUCGAGGCGGCGGCCGCCUUGCCCUGCGUCUUUGCCACGGCGCUGCAUGCGGUGCACCUCUCCGGGGCUUGGCCCAACGAGCUUCUCGCCUCAGGCCGGGACGCCUUGGUGCACUCGGCUGCAGGAGGGGUGGGCGACCUGCUCUGCCAGGCCUGGGAGUCUGACACCAUGAUCCUGCGCAUUUGCGGGCUUCGUGUGGUUGGCGUCGUCGGGCAGCCAAGCAAGGUCAAGUCCUGCAAGGCGGAUGUCGUUAUCGACAAGUCCAGCGAUGACUGGGUCAAAGCAGCCCGGCAACAUGCGCCUGAAGGCUACCGUGCCAUUUUCGAUGCCAAUGGCGUCGCAACACUUAAAGCCUCCUACGAGCUCCUGGGCAAGAACGGCAGAUUGGUCGUGUACGGCUUCCACUCCAACCUUCCGAAGUGCGACGGCGGCUUGGGGACGCUUUCGCCCUGGAACUGGCUCCGCAUGGCCGUUGACCUGGCCAGGACACCCCGCUUCGAUCCCAUGGACCUGACGCUGGACACCAAGGCCGUGCUGGGAUUCAACUUGAGCUUCUUUGCCGACGAGACGGAGACCUGUGGGAAGUACUUCAAACAGAUGAGCGAAUGGCUGGACUGCGGCAAGAUCGCAGUGCCACCGGUGCAAACGUUUGGCUUGUCAGCUGCACGGGACGCACACAAUGCUUUGACCUCCGGGCGUAGUGUAGGCAAGCUGGUGGUGGAGCGGCUCUACGGCUUGUCAAACCCGCAGGGUAAUCACGGUGAGGAUGUCAAGGAGCUCUAUUACUACUUGGAUGCCACGCCCACACACAGUUACAUGAAGAUGAUGUACAAGUAUCCGCAGGUUGAGUAUCCCUACGACGAGCUUCGACGAGUGAACUUCGAAAGAAAGAAGGACCCGCAGCUGCUGGAGUACGAGCUGCUCGACACGGGGAUCCUGGAUGACAACAAGUACUUCGACGUCGUUGUCGAGUAUGCCCAGGCCGACCUGGACGAUACACUGGUGCAGGUCACAGCCUACAACCGCGGGGCCGAGGAGGCGGAGCUGUGCCUGCUCCCACAAGCAUGGUUUCGAAACACCUGGUCCUGGACGAAAGAGAACCCCCGGCCGAAGCCUACCAUGGCCUAUGUUCCGGAGAAGCAGAGAAUAGAACUCACGCAUCAGUCGUUGGGCAAUUUCCAUCUCUACGUGGAUGAAACGAUCCCAUCGGUAGAGGUGAUCUUCUGCGAGAACGAGACCAACGACCUCCGUGUUAGCACAGGAGGUGCCCUGAGCCCCUACAAGGAGCCAGCGCCCGUAGAGAAGAACGAGGCGCUUAUGGCCCUGGGUGAUUUCCGCUGUCUGGAACCCAAUGCUUGGUUUGGCUUGUGGCGCCGCUUCGGUGGAAACCUGGGCCCGGAGCCUGCCAAGCGUGAGCAGGAGACGGGACUGGACCAGGGUUUCCCGCACCACCUCAGUGGCGGCAAAGGGCCUUUCAAGGACGGUUUCCAUGAUUACGUAAUUCGCGGUGACACGGCAGCAGUGUCAAGCAGCAGCGGGACCAAAGCAGGCCUGUUAACGAGGCACAAAGUGGCCGCAGGCAGUCACGUGAGCUUCAGAGUGCGAUUGACCUGCGCCGAGAAGAGCUUUCCCCAAGGAGCUUUCCUGGACUUUGACGCCACCUUCCAGUCCCGGAGAGAAGAGGCGGACAGGUUCUAUGGUCUUGUACAGGAGGACAUCACGGAUUCUGAGCGACGUCUCAUCCAUCGCCAGGCUCUCGCAGGCAUGGUCUGGACCAAGCAGCUAUACUAUUACGACAUUCGAACCUGGCUUUCAGGCGACAAGGGUCGCGGAAGGCCUCCCAGUCGUGGUGGUCGCAACGAAGACUGGGACCACCUUUACAAUGCUGACGUGAUCUCGAUGCCGGACAAGUGGGAAUAUCCCUGGUAUGCUACCUGGGUCUGGGCCCUGCAGUUUGGGGAUAUGCUCAAGAAUGCUUCGGCACUGAGGCACGUGCGAGACGGAUUUGUGAAAGUAGACUUGCCAGGAGCAGCUGCGGCUCAUAACCUUGGUCUCACCGGCUUGAUUGUCAUGCAUCGUCGAUACAGUAGAUGGAGCUUUGAGCACUUGGCAGCAGCGAUCGCAGCGAUGUUCAGGUUUAUGCACCCCAACGGACAGUUCCCAGCCUAUGAGUGGAAUUUCAACGAUGUGAACCCACCGGUGCAUGCCUG